AUGGGGUUUAGACAGGCAGUUCAGGCAAGAAGCCCAAGGUAUGGAAAGUGCGGCAAUAUGCACGAGGGGGCAUGCAAGGCAGGGAUUUCGGGAUGCUUCAAGUGCGGUCGAACUGGACAUAUGAGUAGGGAUUGUACUGCUACCACCAACACCACAACAAUUUCAAAUCUAGUUUGCUUUCAAUACAAUCAGAGGGGCCACAAAAGGGCCCAGUGUCCAGGUUUAGCAGCGGCAGGACAGGUGGCGGCGCCCGAUCCUGCUACGUUGAGGAUUACAGAUGGCCAUCAGGGUCGGGUUGAGGCGCCUACGGCUAGGAGCAGGGCUUUUCAGCUUACUGCAGAGGAUGCACGUGAAGCUCCCGAUGUUGUGAUGGGAUCGUUCUUAGUGAACGGUAUAUCAGCUUUGAUAAUGCUCAAUACGGGGGCUACCCGAUCUUUUGUGUCGCUCGCGCUUAGAAAGCGAUUUGUUGGAGCUCCUGGGGAGCUAGACUGUCCAUUGGAUGUAAAGAUAACGGAUGAUAGGAUCGUUCGGGUUGCGAGGGUGCAUCGAGGAUGUACACUGCGGUUGUUUGACGAGCGGUUUUUCGUGGAUUUGGUCCCCAUUCCCCUGCGAGGGAAUAAGAUUAUAAUGGGCAUGGACUAG